AUGGCAGGUUUGGUGCAAAUCAAAGGAAAAGUUUCAGACGUGUUGGGAAUUGUUCUUAUUUUGUCAAACUAUGCUGUCAAUAGUCCAAAAAGAGGGAUACUGGCACAGGAAGAAAAAAGAAGGAACCCGUUUGAGAAGAAAGAGUGUACUCCGACCAUCACCACCUCGGAAAAACAGUCUCAUGAUGAUCCACAAACAGUUUCAGAUCCGUUAUCAAUCACUGCAGAUUAUGACCCUUCAGUUGCCAACUCUUCACUUACACCGUCAAAAAGAUCUAUUCCUGAGACAGUUGAAGAACUCGACAGUGCCCAACUAUCGUCCACCAAGAUAAUAAGGGACAUCAAGCUGGAGAAAUGA